ACAGACUACUUCAAGAAAGAUCCUGCAAAGCCCUUGAACACAGAAACAAAGUUGGAUGCUGGAGUUGACUCUGUCGACACUAAACCAAAUACUAGCAUGACGAUCACCAAAAAACGCACAGACCCUCCCAGGCUUGAGUCGGAUGCGAAAAUCCGACGACUGACCGACUCGGAAAACAUCAAUCCGUCCGAUACUGAAAAAGUGACUGCUGAUGAUACAGUCCUGGCAAACAAGUUGUCUGAAACUCAACCAUUGUUACAAUUGGAAAUAACUACUAUGCCAGACGACUGGUUCAAUGCCUUUCGCUCUGAAAUGGAGUCUGCCUAUUUCUUGAAUAUAAAAAGGUUUUUACAAGCUGAAAGAGAUGCCAAAAAGGUAAUAUUUCCUCUACUUGAGAAUAUUUACAGCUUCACUCAGUGUCCACUCAAAAAGAUUAAAGUUGUGAUUAUCGGACAAGAUCCGUACCAUGGUCUCCAUCAAGCUCAUGGACAGUGCUUUUCUGUUCAAAAAGGUGUUUCAAUCCCCCCAUCACUCAUAAAUAUUUACAAAGAGCUUGAAUCUGAUCUUGGUCUCGAUGUAUUCAAACGUCCAUCUCAUGGCUACCUCAAUUCGUGGUGUCAGCAAGGCGUUCUUCUUCUUAAUGCCUCGCUAACCGUUCGUCAAUCUGAACCAAACUCGCAUGCAAAAUGCGGCUGGUUAAAAUUUACCGAUGCCAUUAUUGCCUACAUCAACAAGAACAAUCAGGGAGUGGUGUUUAUGCUAUGGGGAGGAUUCGCUCAAAAAAAGGGAACUGUUGUUGAUAAGAAGAAACACUUGGUAUUAAAGGCUACUCAUCCAUCACCGCUGGGUGCAAACAAAGGCGGAUGGUUUGGAUGCAAACAUUUCUCAAAGGCAAAUGAGUAUUUAAAAUCCAAAGGGCGUGGAGUGGUGGAUUGGGCAAGUAUUACUAGAGAUUGAUUAAUUUAUGACUCUGAUGUAUUGUGUAGACCAGCUCUUUACAUCUAGCAAAUUAGCCAUCUAAAACGAAUGAAACAUCACAUUUUC